AUGAGGGAUUCAACAAGUGCCCUUAUGAGCAUACUUUGUUCAUUAAGACAGCAGAAUGAGAAGUCAAUGAUGGUUGAGUUCUACGUGACAGACCUUGGAAAAAUGAGAUAUUUCAUUGGCAUUGAAGUGAUACAAGGUUUUGAUGGGAUCUUUAUCAGUCAACGAAAGUAUGCUCAAAAGGUCUUGGAGAGAUUCAACAUGGCUCAAUGUAAUUUAGUACUCAACCCCGUGGUUCCUGGUUUUAAGCUCACAAAGGAUGAAGGAGGAAUCAAAGUUGAUAACACUAUUUACAAACAGAUGGUGGGAAGCCUAAUGUAUCUAACAAGCACACGUCCUGAUUUAAUGUUUAUUGUUAGUUUGAUUAGUCGAUACAUGGAGCGUCCAAUUGAGGCUCACUUGCUAGCAGCAAAAAGAGCUUUAAGGUAUGUAAUAGGGACUAUUGAUUUGGGGAUAUUCUACAAGAAGAGAGGAAAUGAUGAGCUUAUUGGGCAUAUAGACAGUGACUAUGCUGGUGAUCAAGAUGGUAGGAAAAGCACCUUAGGUUAUCUGUUUAUAUUAAGUUCAGGUGAUGUUUCUUGGUCCUCAAAGAAACAGCCUGUUGUCACUUUAUCCACCACUGAAGCGAAAUUCAUAGCAGCAUCAUCGAGUGCAUGCCAAGUUGUAUGGUUAAGAAGGAUCUUGAAGAGUCUUAAUCAGGAGCAAUAUAGUCCAACCUUGGUGUAUUGUGAUAAUGUUUCAACAAUCAAACUCUCAAGGAAUCCUGUUAUGCAUGUUUGCAACAAGCAUAUUGAUAUAAGGUUUCAUUUUCUUCGAGACUUGGUCAAGAGUGAAGUUUUAGAGUUGGUGCAGUGUUCAACUCAAGAACAAAUUGCAGAUGUCUUAACAAAACCAUUGAAGGUCGAUACGUUUCUGAAGAUGCGAGAUUUGAUGGGUGUUUUCAAGUUUCCAGGAGUAAACUGA